GCGGCCAGGAGCGAGCCGGGGCCGGGGGAGGGCGCCGGGCGCGAGCACCCUGCGCCGCGGCCGCGGGGGCGGCUUCGCGGAGGACAAAAGCCCGCCGGGGAGACGCGAUGCGGGGCCGGCGAGGGCCCGGGGACCGCGGCGUCUGAGCUCGCCGAGCCUGCGCCCCCAGGGCCCGCCGAGGCCGGGCCGGUGCCCGCGGCCGCCCAGGUGCUCCCGGCCGCUUCGGGCGCCCGGAACCGCGCGGGGGGCGGCGCCCUCCGGUCGCAGCCGCAGUGGCCGGCGCCGCAGCUCGGAGCCAUGGGCAACAUCUCCUCCAACAUCUCGGCCUUCCAGUCCCUGCACAUCGUCAUGCUGGGCUUGGACUCGGCCGGCAAGACCACGGUGCUCUACCGGCUCAAGUUCAACGAGUUCGUGAACACGGUGCCCACCAUCGGCUUCAACACGGAGAAGAUCAAGCUGAGCAACGGCACGGCCAAGGGCAUCAGCUGCCACUUCUGGGACGUGGGCGGCCAGGAGAAGCUGCGGCCGCUCUGGAAGUCCUACAGCCGCUGCACGGACGGCAUCAUCUACGUGGUGGACUCGGUGGACGUGGACCGGCUGGAGGAGGCGAAGACCGAGCUGCACAAGGUGACCAAGUUCGCCGAGAACCAGGGCACGCCGCUGCUGGUCAUCGCCAACAAGCAGGACCUGCCCAAGUCGCUGCCGGUGGCCGAGAUCGAGAAGCAGCUGGCGCUGCACGAGCUCAUCCCGGCCACCACCUACCACGUCCAGCCGGCGUGCGCCAUCAUCGGCGAGGGCCUCACCGAGGGCAUGGACAAGCUCUAUGAGAUGAUUCUGAAACGCAGGAAGUCCCUCAAGCAGAAGAAGAAGCGGUAAUGCGCCCGGCUGUGUUCGGGAGCGAGCGGGGAGCGAGCCGGGAGCGAGCCAGGAGGCGAGCAAGUCAGGGAUGGAUGGAUGGAUGGACGGACGGACGGACGGGUGGAUGGGUGGAUGGAUGAAGGAACGAGAAUCCGCGCCCGCAGACAAAGACCCAGAACCAAAGCUAUGCUUCGAAUUUUUAAAACGGAGUCUGUGCACCCAGACGCAGGACUAGUGACUUAACCUGGGUGUGUCCCCUGAGUUGCCAGCCUGCCCUCGAUCUGCCCCCACCCCCCCAGCUCAGGGGACCUUUUGUCUGAACGCCAGAGCUACUAAUGGGGGGCGCUGGGGAGUGGACGUGCCUGGCCUGCUGUCGGCCCCUCCCGGCCAAGGUGGAAAGCUGAGCUGUAGAGACAAAAGGGAUCUCUUCCUCCAGCCAGAAGUUGGGCUGCCCCGCCCUCACUGGGGCUCCCACCUGUGAGUCACCUGAGGUAUGCGGCUCCCAGAACCCUGGGAGCAUCUAUCUGGGGCAUGUUGGCGGUGGGAGGGGCCAGGGAAGGGGCCAGAACAGCCGCCCCCCUGCAUUCAUGGGCUCUGGAAGCUGGAUAGUUUUAUGUCACAGGGCAGGCCCCUGUUGAAAUUUCAUUUGUCCUGCUCUGGGCCCGGCGGCGGCGGCGGUGGUGGUGGUUUGGGCCAUCAGAGGACUGCCCAGAACAAUACAGCAGCCCCAGAGCGCGGGGCGCUGCACCGGCCUUGGCCCGGGCGAUGGCCGCAAAGAUGCCCCUUUCCUGGUGCUUUAAGGUGGCCACGCAAGACCAGUUCGGUUGAGAACUCCUUUUCAGCUUGGAAUCCGACAUCUUCCAGAUGGUUUGGACCCUGUCCAUGUGUAGGUCAUGAUCACACAAAGACCCAAUAAAAAUUAAAAAAACAAAACAACAACAACAACAAAAAAAAACAAAAAAGACGUUGGAGGUGGUGGCAAAUGAUGUAUUUACUGUUUGCAGGAUAGUUAAAGGUUUUUAAAGGGUAAGGCUCUUGGUGUAAAUGCUGGAUGGGGUGUGUGUGUAGACGCAGGGACCUCUGUAUCUGUGGAAUCGGCAUAAAUACCUAGACCCAUAUGUGUGGAAUCUUCAAAAUCUCUUAGCCUACUGAUUGGCUUGUGUGAGCACACCGGCUGCAGAUGUGUGCUGAAUUGCAAGUUGGUUUUGGCGAGGGCUGUCUCCUGUCAUACUAACGGCUUGAUGAUGGGUUUUGGUUUUCAGACAUGUUUUUAAGAAAUUCUACAAAUGAAUACUCACCUUAGAAAUAUUCACCUUACGGGGGGAAAAAAAAGACUCUGCUCUGCCCUUUUAGAUUCCUUUACGCUGCAAGUGGCGACAUGUUCAAAUUUCUAAUUUGGUUCAUUGUGGCCUAUCUGGUUUUCAGUAUCUCAUUAAAAAUGUCUCCGUUAGAGUAUUUGAUGUCAUGCGCCAAGAAAUAAAACCCCACCUUGUUGCAAAA